AUGCCCAAAUCGCAGGGGCCACGCCCCGCGCUGGUACUCGGUAGCGUAUCUAGCCCCGCCCCCAAGGCAGGCCAAUCGGAGCGCGGAGCGGGCCGAGCCCCCGCAGUUCGCACGCGGCCGGCCUGCGUGCGGGGGACCAUGGAGCCCCGGCUGGGCUCUGUUGGCCCUCGCGCUCAUCUCCAGGCCCGGCCGCCGCCUCCCGAGACACUUCCGCGGGCGAGCUGGGACGAGGACGCGUACGACUGCCCUGACUACUACUACCUGCGCGACUUCCCGGCCUCAGGGGCUGGGCGCAGCAAGGGUCGGACCCGGCGGGAGCAGGUCCUGCACACCAACCGGCCGGUGCCGGGCGGCCACGAGCGCAAAAUCGCGCUGAAGAUACUCGCGGGACUGCGCAAGCGCCGCCAGCGCCAGAUGCAGCCGCGGCCGCGCACGCGCCUUGCGUGAGCACAUGGAGCGCUGCCGCCCCGCCCACGCCGCCUGCCCGCUGACCCCAGAAUGGGCUGCUCUGCGCUCUCAGCUUGGCGGUUGGCUGCAAGGGGAUACCCAGAGGACCCGUUAAAAGUAUUUUCGCAGACUCCAGCUGUAACUGCUCCUCCAUGUUGAUCAACAGAACUCCAUAUCGCCUAAAUUUACUGCUUCAGUCUUUGCUUUACAAUUGUUAGUUAAGUAACGUCCAGUGGGUAUGCCUUCUUAAGGUUUUUAAUUAAAAGAAGACAGCACCAAUGGCAUUUUAGCUCUUCCGAGUUCCCUCCCACCCACCCCCGCCCCAAAAUUCGGUUCCAGUCUAACAGUUGGAUACUUAUAUAUAAAGAAGUGAUCACAAAUCGGGAGUGGUGAUGCACACAUAAUCUCAGCACUUGGGAGACUGAGGCAGAAAGAUGACUGUGAGUUCCGGACAUAAUGAAUUCAAGGCAGCCUGCACUAUAUAUAGGGAGACCCUGUCUCAAGAAAAAAAAAAAAUCCUUUGCUGCUCUGGAAGAAGGGAGAAAUUUAUGACUGACAUCCAACACAAAAGGAAGUUCCACCUUUGUUCUUUCAUAAACCUCACCUAAUCUCCAAGACUUUCCCAUGGAGCCCUUCAUGAAAUGCCCUGGCCAAAUUUCCCUCUAUUGCGAUUCUGUUACCUGUAAAACCAUCUCACACCAAGUAUCUAUCACUAAAGUACAGCCCCUGGCCUUUGCAAUCAAAGGUUCCCUCUUCCUGGUGUUCACUUUGCCUUCGCAGACUUGCUUUCCCAUUCAGAUGUUCUCUUUAAGAGUCCUGCCCUAGGGGCUGGGGAUUUAGCUCAGCAGCAUAAGCGCCUAUAAUUGCAAGCAGGCAGUGGUGAGUUCGAUCCCUGGUACCGAAAAAGACAAAAAAAAUAGUCCUGCCCUAUUGUGGUAGACACACAAACUCUGACCUCUUAGAGAUCAUGUGCCAAGUUCGUGACCCCAGAAUAGCAAACAAUGGAUUGCAAGGGCCACGUUGUUGAGAGGAACAAAGGUUUAUUGAGAGAGAGCUCCUGAGAGACAAGCGGAGGAGAGGUCCCAAAAGUCCCUUGCCGCAGAGGCUCUAAGAUUUUUUUUUUUUUUGAUCAAACUCAUAAUCUCACACCUGCCAGGCAGGCACUUAGGCCACUGAGCUAAAUCUCCGAUCCUCUCCAAGAAUAUUUUAUGCAGCAAAAUCACAACAUGGGUCAGACUACAUCCUAUCUAUAGGAUUACAAGCAUAGUCACUUAGCGAAUGAUGAUCCACUAGUAAAGCAAGGUCCAUAACAAGGCUAUAUGGCUAGCAUCACUCGCUUAUUAUAGCCACAUACACAGAAAAGGCUGGGAUGUCCUAGUUGCUCACCUAUGUGUUUGGUCCCUAUCUCGGCCAACUGGACAGCUGGUGCUGAUUACAGUACAAUCUCAAAUUGCUGCUUAUCUCUAAAGGAGGCUCCCAGGCCCAGCUAUUGCAUCUGCAUCUUGAGGCCUGGCUUUGUUUGGCUGGGCCUCUGGCCACAGAAGUGAACUGUUUUCAUCUUCCACACUGACUUCCUAGGGUUCAGACCCUGUCUGCCUAAUUGUUUUUGCAUUUUUUAAAUUUUAUUGGUACAUUUUAGAGUGCUGGGGAUACAGCUCAGUGGCAUAAGCACCUGCCUGGCAAAUGCAAGGUCCUGAGUUCGAUCCCCAGUACAAAAGAAAAAAAAAGUCAGCUUAGCAUGUUUUAGAUAUACAAAACAUCAUAGGGAGUUUAUACGUGUAUGUGACAUACCUUGCUUCUUUUUUCUCCCAUUCCCCUCCCUCCCUUCAACCCGUCUCCCCCUCCUUAUUUACAAAAUUUUUUUUCCUUCUGUCUUUCCUUUUUACCCUUUCCCUUCUAUUCUUUUUUGCCUAUUAAUUUCUCAGCUGUCUGAAUUACUGCC